AUGGUGCUGAAUGAUGUUUUUUACUUUGUUAUGCUGGCCCUUGCUCAGCCAAACAAGCGACUGUGUUCAUUGUCUGAGCACAUUCCUCAUGGUUACCGUAGAAAAUCACUUUUUGAAGGUCUAAUUCGAUAUAAUGUUCCGUUGCUAAGAGCAACAUGGUUUAUUAAAGUCACAUACCUGAACCAGCUACAGACCCGACAGACACCUAACAGUAUUUCAGUAGCGGGUUCUGAUAACCAACGCUCUCAGUGGACAAAGGAUGUUGUUGAAUAUUUACAACAUAUUUUGGACGAAUUUUGUUCUAAAGAGGGUGCAUUCGUGCAUCCAUCUUUUAGAGAGCAGUCAUCACCAGGACCUACUGUUGGAACCAAUCAGAUAAAAAUGAAAACUGAAGCAUCUCUAGCUGCUGGAGACAUUGAAGAACCCUUGGUGCACUUCAAAUGGUGGUAUAUGGUUCGUCUCAUCCAAUGGCAUCUCACAGAAGAAUUGCUUGUUCCCUCAGUACUUAUCGAAUGGCUAUCUAACCAACUCCAGGAGAGAGAUUCAGUUGACGUUUUAGAACUUCUCUUGCCUAUUAUGCUUGGUCUGGUUGACACCAUUAGUCUCUCACAAACAUAUGUGCGCAUGUUUGUGCGCAUCUUUUUACUAUAG